AUGCCCCGGGCCCCUGAUCAAGAUGAGGCAGACGAGCUAUAUCAGAACAACUCACUGUCAUGGCUGGCUUGUGGUGUGCUCUCUCUUCUAGCUAACGCAUGGAGCAUUCUGAGCCUUGCAAGUCGAGGUGGUAGCGGGCAGCGCCCACGUCCUCUAGAACUGCUCCUCUGCCUGCUGGCGGGUACCCACCUGCUAAUGGCUGCUGUGCCCCUUUCUCUCUUCUCUGUGGUGCAGUUGAGGAGGAGACAUUCUCCUGGGUACGAGUGGAAUGAAGGUUUGUGCAAGGUCUUUGUUUCCACAUACUACACAUUGGCGCUGUCAACAUGUCUGACCGUGGCUUGUCUUUCUUACCACCGUAUGUGGAUGGUGCGUUGGCCAGUCAGCUACCGUCUGGGUGGUGCCCGGAGGCAGGCAUUGCAGGGAGCACUUGGAAUCUGGGCAGCUUCCUUUGUACUGUCUACAUUACCUUCCAUUGGCUGGCAUGACAACGCCCGCAGGUUUUACACUCGUGGGUGCCAUUUCCUGGCCAGCCGAAUUGGACUAGGCUUUGGAUUGUGUUUUCAAUUGUUGUUGUUGGGAGGGGUGGGCACUGGACUUGGGUGUCUAGGAGUAACCAUUUACCAUGCAUGCUGUUGCCCAUCAUCAGGGCAACGAGGAGUUGCAGGAGAAGGGGGAGCAGAAGGAAAGCUGGAGGUGCCAGCCAUUGUGGUACAGGAUGCCCAGGGCAAAAGACGUUCAUCACUUGAUGGUUCAGAGUCACCGAAGACAGCAGCACAAGUCACUGGGCUUGUCGGGGGAAUUGUUCUUCUCUAUGAUGCAUUGACGGGGCUGCCCAUACUGGUGGUAAGCUUUGUUAGCCUGCGUUAUGACAGUGCACCCCCGUGGAUGGUCCUGUGUGUGCUCUGGUGCUCCAUGGCGCAAACAUUGCUUCUUCCAUCCUUUAUCUGGUCCUGUGCCCGGUAUCGUGCCGACCUGCGCACCGUAUGGGAACACUGUGUCUCCGUCCUGUCGGACAACGGGGGUGAUGAGGAUAGUGGACGAGAAGACUUUGCUGAUGGGCGGCUGUGUGAGGUUCGUUUUGAUGCCAAUGGAGCUGCCAUGAAAAGGCCUCCUCACUACCUGGGGGGAGACUUGAGGGAUGGAAAGUUUUUGCCAGUCAGACAUGUCCUGCUGCCCACAGACCGUGGCCAGUAUCUACAGGUGCACAGGCAACAGGUUCCUCUUUCCCGCCGGAUGUCACAUGAUGAGAUGGAUCUCUUCCCCCCUCGCUCUUCUCCUCUCCUGCUCAGAUGGUCUUCCUCAGAUGAUAUACGUGGGGGGAGCAGCCCUGUCAGCCCACGCCGGACUCAUGAUGCUCAGCACUGGAGCCGGCGCCAACCCCCACGGGGAGAGGGGGAAGAAGGGCUAACUUCUCUGCGCCAGUUUUUGGCAGGAGGGAUAACUGGCUCUUCAGGGUUGGGGGGUGGCAUACCCAGUUCCUUCUUUAGGGAUGAGAUUACAGCAUUUAUUGAUGACACACCUUGCCCUUCACCCAUCGGGACCCCUCACAGAUCCCGACCUAAACCCCGAAAUUCUCCACUCCCAAGGAAAGAAGCAGAGACAGGUAUGACCUAUGGAGGUGUGGGGGAGCGACGCCUGUCCCUAUGUAGCCCCUCACUUGCUGUGUCUGAACGACGUAGAGCUUCUCUGUCUGAACAAGGGUGCACUGGGUCUUCAUGA